UUACAGAAUGUUGGUGUGGAGCUGCUAGAGAAAUCAGUGCCUAUCCCAGACACUGGUGAUGCUGUGGAGUUCUACAUCUGUGAUUCAGCCGGACGGGAGCCAUUUGCAGACGCCUGUGAGAACAUGUGGAAUCAGCCGUCGCUCAUGUGUGUGGUGUUUGACAUCACCAGCGAAGCCUCGUUCACCAGCUGCAGCCACUGGAUCGACAGGAUCAGAUCACACUGCAACGGGCAGCAGGUGCCAGGAGUGCUGCUGGGGAAUAAGAGUGACCUGUCGUCCAGGAGGGAGGUGGACGCCGCCGGCGCGCAGUCAUGGGCUCAGAGUCACGGGCUGGAGUAUCACGAGACGUCUGCUAAGGAGAUCGGUCAGUAUGAAGCUCCGUUCCUGAGUCUGGCUCGAGCGUUUCACUCGCUCUAUCAGGAUCAGAUCCAGAUCAUCCAGAGUCUGGUUUAAACUCACCAGCGCUCGUCUGUCUGUCGUGUGUUUGCUCUCUGAAAUAAAACUCGUUGUUCCUCUCCAAACAUGCUCAGUGUCUGAA